AUGAGUGGAGCUGGUGACCUCAUAGUCACCGAUUUCAAACUAAAAGUAGGAGGGAGUACCGCAUCAAUUCAGUGUCAGAUGCUUACGGCGACGAACUACACGGUGUGGGCUAUAUGGAUGAGGGUUGCGCUUGGAGUCCAUAAAGUAUGGGAGGUGAUCGAAGAGGAGGUAGAAACUAGCAGCAGCGAGAAGAAUAAUAUGGCUCUGGCGUUACUCUUCCAGUCCAUACCAGAAGCGAUGGUUUUGCAAGUCGAGUUCGAGCGUCUUAGGAUGAAAGAAACUGAGACCAUCGAUGAUUUUGGAGGAAAGCUAGCUGAAAUCGCAUCAAAGGCAGCUGCUCUAGUGACCGGGAAGGUGAUAUUUGGCGAUGAUUCUCGCAUAGACAUCAAGGAAAAAGGAUCGAUAUCGUUCGUUGACAUGAACGGAACCAAGGAAGAUAAGAAGCUGGUUUUCGGAAUCCCUAGUAUGACUUUAGAGAAGAAACUCUGUGGAUCUACUAGGAAAACAGAGCAGACAAGCAUUCCCGCAAGCAACGACAUUCAGAGCAAGCAAGAACUUGGAACUUGUCCAUGGAGACUUGUGUGGACCAAUAACUCCAAGUACUCUUGCUGGGAAUAG